AUGCCUUUCUCACACCAUAGUCACUCUGGUCAAUUCUGUGAAGGCCAUGCUCGGGAUUCGUUGGAGGAGAUCGUCCUCACGGCGAUCUCCAAGGGAAUGCACACCUUUGCCUUGACCGAACAUAUGCCGCGGCAUGAUCAAGACAGAUAUCCUGAGGAGGAGGAAGCAGGCGCCACCCUUGCAUCAGCACUGGAGAAUGAAGCGGCAUACUUCAAGGAGGCGGUUCGGCUGAGGGAAAAGUAUGGCAGCAGAAUCGCACUUCCCAUUGGCUUUGAGUGUGAUUGGAUCCGGCCAGAGUCUCUCGAGCUGAUCGAGAGAAGCAUACAAAGUUAUGCAUUUGACUUCUUCGUGGGGUCUGUGCACCAUGUGCACACCAUCCCCAUCGAUUACGACCAUGCGUUUUACCAGCAAGCCCGUGACAAGGCGGGCGGGACAGAUGAGCGACUGUUCGAGGAUUACUUCGACGCCCAGUUGGCGAUGCUGCAGGCGACGAAACCCCCGGUGGUGGGGCAUUUCGACCUCAUUCGCCUGAAAAGUGAUGAUCCUGACGGUGGUUUCAAGCAUCUGCCCGGCGUCUGGGACAGAAUCGAGCGCAACUUGGACUAUGUUGCGUCAUACGGAGCGACGCUCGAGCUCAACCUGGCGAGUUUGCGCAAAGGCAUGAGCGAGCCAUAUCCCCAAGCCGAGAUAUGCGAGGCUGCGCUGAAGAAGGGUAUCAAGUUCUGUUUAUCCGACGACAGCCACGGAAUCGAUCAGGUUGCCUUGAACUAUCACCGAUGCCUACCGUUCCUCCAAAGGGUAGGAAUCGGUUCUUUGACCUUUUUCAAUCACAGCACAGGUUCGGGCAACAGCACUGACGAGCGGUUCCCGGCCCUGCGAUCUGAGCAGAUGUCGUUGGCCGAGGUCGAAAAGCACACCUUUUGGAAGUCUUGUGAAGUCUAG